UGUGUGCUUGGCGUCUGUGGGAGAUUAAAAAAAAAAAAAAAAAAAUGGCUGAUUCGACCUCCCUGAAGAAGAUCUGCUCUCGUCAUAAGAAGAAGCUUGAAAUAUUUUGUCGUACUGAUCAGAUUUCUAUCUGCUCUCAGUGCAAGAUGGACGAACAUAAGGGUCAUGACACAGUCUCCGCUGCCGAAGAAAGGAAAACCAAACAGGGGGAGCUGAAGGAGACCCAGAGGAGAUUCCAGCAGAGAAUCCAGCAAAGUGAGAAGGAGAUGCAGGAGCUGAGGAAGGCCGUGGAGGAGAGGACCAACAGCUCUGCAGCAGUGGAGGACAGUGAGAGGGUCUUCACUGAGAUGAUCCGCUCCAUUGAGAGAAAGCGACGUGAGGUGACAGAGCUGAUCAGAGCCCAAGAGGCUGAGGUGAAGCAGGCUGAAGAACAUCUGAAGCAACUGGAGCAGGAGAUUAAUGAGCUGAAGCAGAGUGAUGCUGAACUGGAGGAGUUUACAAGCACAGAGGAUGACAUCUAUUUCCUUGAGAAUAUCCCCUCCAUCCCAGAAAUCCCUCCCCCCAAACACAGCAUGACCUUCAGCCAGAGUUUCUCUCUGGAGGCUCUGGAGGAAUCUCUCUCUACACUGAAGGUGCAGCUGAAGGAGGAGCUGGAAGGCAUCGUCAAGCAGGAAGAUACUGAUCCAGUCAGAAGAACAAGCAGUAAUGAGAUGAUACCACCAGACAUGUCUGAUGUGCAGGCUGUUUUUACUGAGCCAGUAACCAGAGAGGAGUUCUUAAAGUACUCCUGUCACUUCACACUGGAUCCAAACACAGCGCACAGAAUCCUCCAUCUGUCUGAGGGGAACAGGAGAGUGGAGUGCAGAGCUGAGCUCCAGUCAUAUCCUGAUCAUCCAGAGAGAUUUGAUGGGUGGUAUCAGGUGCUGUGUAGAGAGGGUGUGUCUGGACGCUGCUACUGGGAGGUGGAGUGGAGUGGGCAGCAUGCUCAUAUAGCCGUCUCAUAUAAAAGCAUCAGCAGGAAAGGAGCGGGUGAUGAGUGUUGGUUUGGAUGGAAUGAUCAGUCCUGGAAGCUGCAACGCUCCGGCUCCGACUGCUGUUUCAGGCACAAUAGUAAAGAGACUGAACUCCCUCUAGUGGCCAGCUCCAGAAUAGGAGUGCAUGUGGAUCACAGGGCAGGAACUCUGGCCUUCUACAGCAUCUCUGACACAAUGACCCUCCUACACAGAGAACAGACCACAUUCACUCACACACUCUACCCUGGGUUUUAUAUAGGCCUUGGAUCAUCAGUGAAGCUGUUAUAACACACACCAUAUAGAGCAGGACAGAAAUGUAAAGACCUCAGAUACAGAUAUGCUGUUAUCAUACACACACACACACACACACACACACACACACACACACACACACACACACAAGCUGCCUGAGAUUCUGUGUUCUAGGGGAGAAACAGACCAAAUCCACUCCCUCAUCUCUGGACCCCAGCAGAUAUUACAGCGUCUGCACCUCUGCUGGAACACACAUCAGCACACCACACAUACACUAUUGGGUGGGAAAUGUGUUGAUGAGCCCAGUGUUUCACCCCCUCUGGUCCUCUCCCACAAUCCAUUUCCUCUCCCUCCUGCUCCCCCUAACCCUCCUUCCCCUCUCCCAGGUGUUCAGGCCUUUAGGCCCUCUGUGAUUGGACACACAUCUGAUGGAAAGUCUGAUAUGAAGCAAGUUAUAUUUCAAUGACUAGAAGGAAAUCUGUGCAAGUAGUAUUCAACAAAUUAUGUAAAACAUAAUGAAUAAUAAUUGCUUCUAAUACAUGUGAUAUGUACUGGGUUUUACAGUGUGUUUUUGUGAAAUUCACAUGUUAAAUAAGUUAAUAAAAAAGUAUGCAUGAUCA